CUGAGCUCCCGUGGGUGCAGUGACGGAGCAGCUCCGUGUCGUGACAGACUGUGGAUGUGUGAGCUGCCUCUGAAAAAUGGAGAACUCCGGAGCAGGACCAGGGUCUGGACGUAGACCCAAAGCUGAACCAGGACUAAACCAGGACUAUAUCAGGUCUAAAGCAGGUCCUGGCCCCAGUGGAGUCUCUCUGGGAAGUAACAUCUCCAAAGGCUUGGACAUCGACUUUAAAAAAGGCCAAAGUGGAGCCUCUGCACAGCUCAGAGACAAGGAUCUGAGCAUUCCCAUUGGCCAGGAGCCUCAGGAGGAGCUGGACUCCAUCUUCCUGGUUCUGGAGGAGCAGGUCCUGAGGUUUGUCCAACAACAACUGCAGAAGCUCCACAGGCUCCUGGCCUCAGAUUACCCAGAAUGCUCCAAGAGUGAGGAGGAGGAGAGCAGAGAGGUUUUGAACAUCACCCUGGACUUCCUGAAGAGGAUGGACCACGAGGAUCUGGCCCAGCGCCUGCUCAGCAGGAGUAAAGCUGGAGUCAGAGAUAAACUGAAGUGUGAUCUGCAGCAGAGGUUCAGCCGUGUGUUUGAGGGUGUGGCCAAAGCAGGAGACUCCGCCCCACUGACCCAGAUCUACACAGAGCUCUACAUCACAGAGGGCGGAGCCUCAGAGGUCAACCAGGAACAUGAGGUCAGACACAUAGAGAUGGUGUCCAGGAGACAGGCCACUCUAGAGACCACCAUCACAUGUGAAGAGCUCUUUAAAGCCCACCCACAUUCACCACAGCCAAUCAGAUUAGUGCUGACGAAGGGCGUGGCCGGCGUGGGGAAAACAGUGCUGACUCAGAAGUUGAGUCUGGACUGGGCUGAAGGCCGGGCCCACCAGGACCUCCAGCUGCUGUUCCCGUUCACUUUCAGAGAUCUGAACGUGCUCAGAGACUCACAGUUCAGCCUGGUGGAGCUGCUGCACCACUUCUUCAGUCCAUCCAAAGAUCUCUGCAGCUUCCAACAGCUCCAGGUGCUCUUCAUCUUUGACGGUCUGGAUGAGUGCAGACCUCCUCUGGACUUCAGCCAAACACAGGUCCUGAGCGACCCCACAGAGUCCGCCUCAGUGCACGUGCUGCUGGUGAACCUCAUCAGGGGGAGCCUGCUUCCCUCCGCUCGCCUCUGGAUAACCACACGCCCCGCCGCGGCCAAUCAGAUCCCCACUGAGUGCGUCUCCAUGGUGACAGAGGUGCGAGGGUUCACUGACCCCCACAAAGAGCAGUACUUCAGGAAAAGGUUCAGGGUCCAGGCCAAAGUCGUCAUCUCCCACAUCAAGAGCAUCCGCAGCCUCCACAUCAUGAGCCACAUCCCGAUCUUCUGCUGGAUCCUCUCCACAGUGCUAAAGAAGCUUCUGGAACAAACAGAACCAGACCUGCCUCGGACUCUCACACAGAUGUACAUCCACUUCCUGGUGGUACAAGCCAAAGUCAAGAACAUCAAGUACCAUCAGGGAUCAGGGGAGGACCUUCACUGGACUCCAGAGACCAGGGAGAUGGUGCGGUCUCUGGGAAAACUGGCCUUUGAACAGCUGCAGAAAGGAAACCUGAUCUUCUACGAGAGUGACCUGAGUGAGUGUGGGCUGGAUGCUGCAGCGGCCUCAGUGUACUCCGGAGUGUUCACACAGAUCUUUAGAGAGGAGCCAGGCCUGUACCAGGACAAGGUCUACUGCUUCAUCCAUCUGAGUGUACAGGAGUUUCUGGCUGCUCUUCACGUCCAUCAGAUCUUCUACAGCUCUGGAGAGAAUCUGCUGGAGACACUACACUCCUCUGAGAGAACAAAAUGUACUGCUCAUGAGUCUGAGCAGCAUUCAGAUUCAAAGGAGGAUUUCCUUGUCCCCUCUGUGAGUCCUGAAGCAGAAGAAACAAGACCCAAAGAGCAUUCAACACUCAGACUGAGAAAGAGACAGUCACAGUCAGACAGACAAACUUCUGAGAAGACUCCACCAAAAAAAACAAAAACACUGAAACGAUCCCUAAAAUCCACACUCAAAACGAAGCUCCUCCAGAAUUUAAAUCCAAGAAGUGAUAAAUCAAGACAAACUAGACCAGAAACCCCUGAGAGUCCUGAGUAUGACUCAGAAGAGUUUGAGGACUAUUCAGAUACAGAGAUCUCCUCUGUCCCUGCUAUGACACCAGACCCUGACACAGCCCUGUACCGUUCUGCUGUGGACCAGGCCUUACAGAGUCCAAACGGACACCUGGACCUGUUCCUGCGCUUCCUCCUGGGGCUGUCUCUGCCGACCAAUCAGAGGCUGCUGCAGGGUCUGCUGACUCACACAGGAAGUGACCCGACCAAUCAGGAGACAGUAAAGUACAUCAAACAGAAGCUGGAUGAAGAGGGUGUGUCUGCAGAGAGAAGUCUGAACCUGUUCCACUGUCUGAACGAGCUCAACGAUGGCAGUCUGGUGCAGGCGAUACAGAAGAACAUGAGAAGAUACCUCUCUUAUAGAACCAUGUCUCCUUCUCAGUGGUCUGCUCUGUCCUUCGUCUUACUGUCCUCAGAGUCAGACCUGGAGGAGUUUGACCUGAGGAAAUACCAGGCCUCAGAGAACGCUCUCCUGGGUCUGCUGCUGGUGGUCAGAGCCUCCACCAAAGCCCUUCUUUGUGGCUGUGGUCUGUCUCCUCACAGCUGUGCUCCUCUGGCCUCAGUCCUCAACUCCUCCAGUCUCACACAUUUGGAUCUCAAUCACAACGACCUCCAGGACUCAGGAGUGGAGCUGCUGUGUUCUGGACUGAAGAGCGCCCCCUGCAGACUGGAGACGCUCAGGCUGUCUGGAUGUCUGGUCUCAGAGAGGGGCGGGGCUGCUCUGGCUUCAGCUCUGAGCUCCUCUGCCCCCCACCUCAGAGAGUUUGACCUGAGCUACAACCAUCCAGGACCCUCCACAAAGCUCCUGACCGCUCUAUGGGACCAGCGCCCCCUGCUGUCUGUCAGGUUGGAUCCUGCUGGAGAGCGCUGGAUGGUCCCAGGUCUGAGGAAGUACUACUGUGACGUCUCUCUGGACCCAAACACAGCUCACAAUCUUCUGGUUCUGUCUGAGGACCAUCGCACUGUGACACGUGUGAAAGAGAGGCAGAAGUAUCCAGAUCAUGAGGAAAGGUUCACAGACCGGGUGCAGGUCCUGGGCUGCACUGGCCUGAGGGGGCGCUGUUACUGGGAGGUGGACUGGAGCGGGAGGGUUUAUUUAACAGUGAGUUACAAAGAGAUCAGACGGAGAGGAGAGGGAUGGGAGUGUGGGUUCGGAUACAACGAUCACUCCUGGUGUCUGGAGCUCUACGAGGAUGGAGAGUACUAUGUCCGUCACAACAGCAACAUAACACGACUCCACCGCUCCCGUCACUCGGAGGCAGGGGGCGUGUCCUCUGGUGAAGGGGGCGUGUUCUCUGGCAGAGUGGGCGUGUUCCUGGACUCUGAGGCCGGAGCUCUGACCUUCUAUGAGGUCUGCGCUGAUGGAGAACUGAUCCACAUCUGGACCUUCUCCUCGUCCUUCUCUGAGCCUCUGUUUCCUGGGUUUGGAGUGUGGGAGAAAGAAGGUUCCUCUGUGACUCUGGUGAAAGAGACGAGAUAAAACAGAAGAGAAACUGGACUUGUCCCACGAUAAGGACACAACAAUGAGAACAAAAGAUAGAGAGAAAUAAGAACAAAAUGGAGCUAUAGUGUGACUAUUGAAAUUAGACUCUGACUCAAAUAAAAACUUGAAACAGAAACUAAACAAGGCCAAAGCGACUGGACUGGGACAGUUCUUCACUUUGGAUCCGUUUUGGACCAGAAAAUUUUGUUGGGUAUGUGACUUGUGGGGGAUUAAAGAGGGGGUAUGUUUAUGGUCCCGUCGGCACCUUUAAAGGAAUAAUAAUUGUGGCCAGUUAUAAAAAAAAUACAUAAAAUGCAUUGAAGCCAAAUGAUUGUGCAUGAUAUGUAUCCACAUGUAGAGCUCCGCCCCUGCAGACAGGUGCUUGUAUCAGAAACACCUGUCUGUGAUCAGGGCAGUGCUGUGUGAUGUCACCAACUACUAGAAUUUGCAAAAGUCACUGAAGGCAGCACAAAGGUUUUGGAGCAGAAAGGUGCAGUUUUACCUUUACCUGGUUUGCACUGAAGUCGUCACACAGUAGAUAAAAGUAUAAAAACACCACAUACACACUUCAGUAACAACAAGUGGAUUUAUUAUUUAGUUCCACUUUAAACAUUGUUAUAUAUUUCACAAUUACAUACAAAAAAUGAUCCAAGUCAAAAUUUCAGUAGUUUUCAAAAAUGAAAAAGCCCUAUUUUAAUCUAAAUUAAAAGUCCCUGUAGUUUGAACAUUACAAAUGUACACAAAACAGUACACGAUUGUCACAGAGUCACAAAUACAAGCUGGAUUUAAAUCAUUUUAAAGUAAGUAAAAAUUGCACAUUUUCAUCUUUUUUAUUUUGCUCUGAGACAGUCUGGCUUCUUGAAUCCAGUAUUUAUAUCCAAUCACAGUAAAAAUGCUCUUGCAAAACAAAGAAAUCUUAAAGAUCCUAUAUGACACAAAAGUGACUCUUGUGAACUUUAAGUCCUGUUAGAAUACUGUUCCCUCCUCCAAAACAGACCUGGAGUUGUGUUUUGUUUCAUUCACAUGUUUGAGUAACCCUUUAUUAUUAAUCUGGCUACAUCUACAAAGCUCAAAAUGCUCUGUUCCACCUUGUGAUGUCAUAAAGUGGUAGUUUUCAAGUUGACAUCUCCUUUUACCUUUAGUUCAGUAAAGACAGUCACUUCAGGACUGAUCCAAAUGAUUCUAGCGAAGGUGUAAGGUGUUUAAAAAACACAGUGGAGCUGUUUUACCACAUGACAUCACAAAGUGGAACACAGUGUUUUCCAUUUGAGAGAAAAUCUCACAGACUUUGGGCUCUGUUUGUGAUGAGAAAACAACAUUUGAACAUAGAUCAGAAAGUAGCGUAAUGGCCCUUUAAAUAUGUACAUCAUUCAUAUGUACAUUAUUCAUUAUGUUGCACAGUCAUUCACAAUGGCAAUAACAGUUUUUUUCUGAAUCUCAAACAAUCUUUUAAAUCGUAAAUUCUUAUUUUGUCUCUGUAUCAAAAGAUGCUGGCGUUGCUAUGGUAGCGGUGCUAACUUUGAUGCUCCUGAGCUCGUGGUUGAAAGUAGAAGAGUUUUCGGAGGAAGUUGAAGGAGCCGGGCAUCUGUUUGUACAGACCUUUGGCUGAGUUCUGAGACACCUCAUGAUUCACCUGCAACAAGCAAAAUGAACUUCAUUCAACAAGAACAGAACAAUCAAAAGUUAAAGCUACACUGUGUAACUUUUCUAGUGCAGGUCCGUCACCUGUUUGUCUCCAUGGAGAUAUAGUUUUGUCUUUGUCUGAAAUGUUACUCAGACUGGAACUUUGUCUUGCAUUUAUUUAAUUACUUUUUUACAGCUCAAAAAAACUGAACAGAAAACUGUUCCAAACUGACAAACUCAGACCUUUGUGAAAGUUUUACAGUUGUUACAGCCCCAGGCCUCCACUUCUCUGCCUUGUUUUGUGUGUUUUCAAUUCUUCUGCUGGCUGUCUUAAGUCCUGCUGGGAGAGCCCUGGUCCCUGAUUGGUGGGGCUUGUCUCUGCCCCCUCACCUGCAGACACCUCCCUGUUCAAGGAGAGUCCAGCACCUGUUCGGGGCUGUGGCCUUUGUGGCCUGUCUGCCGUUUUGUGUCUGAGUCUCUUUUGUGUCAGUCAGUUGUUUUUGUACUAGUACAUGUCUCACUUUGUUUGUGUUGACACACUUAGUUUAGUUUAGUUUAGUUCUGUUUUGUGCCUUUUUGUUUUGUCACUUGAUUCUGUUUGUGGGUUUAUGUGGUUUUACUUUGGGGCAUUUGUGAUUUAGUUUUGUGUGUGUCCUUUAGUUUAAUCACUCGUUUUUGUACUACAUGACUCGUGUUUGGCACAAAACUUGUUAUAUGUUAAUCCUGUUAUGUUGUUUCUUAGUUUAGGUUAUUUUGUGUACAUAUUUUAGCAUGUUUUGUUAAUUUACCCUUGUACAUUCCUGUUAAUUAAACCUUAUAACUUUA